AUUCAACGCUGGGAAAUUUCACUGAAUAUCAGAAUCAACAUGGCCGACACGACGCGUGAAGAGGACCGUGAACGCCUCAAAUCCGCCCUCUGGUACGCCGUCGGGCAAAUCGUCGACGAAGAAUGUCUAAAGCGCAACCGCAACGCGACGCCCCAAUUCAUCGGAGCUCUGACCGAAAUGACCUUGUUGCAAAUAGAGGGCUUACGCUUCGCAGAAAACGUAGCCAUUGAUCUCGAAACUUUUUGCAAUCAUGCUGGCAGAUCGACGGUUACGACGGAUGAUGUGCUUUUGCUGGCGAGGAAGAAUCCCGAUUUGCAUCAGAUUAUGAAGAAUUAUGUGGAUGAGAUUAAGGCGGAUAAGGAGGCUGCGGCGGGGAGCAGUCGGAGUGGUGCUGCGAAGAAGAAUAAGGCCAAGAAGUAG